CUGUACCCUCAGAGGAGAUGAACAGAAGUGAAACUGUGGUUUACAUUUUCACAUAGUGAAUUCAGUGGUAGGAAUAAAAGGAAAACAAAUCAUCUUUAAUCGUAUUUAAACAUAGAAGAACGUAUGCGCAUGCCUGAAGAGAAUGAAAAAAAAAAAAAUCUGAAGCCGGACGAGCGAUCAGUCUCUUGGAUGUUUGAUUGCAGCUUGAGCCGCAAGACCUCGUGGCGCAACGGUAGCGCGUCUGACUCCAGAUCAGAAGGCUGCGUGUUCGAAUCACGUCGGGGUCAUGGCCUCCCUUUCUUAAAGAGGGAUUUGUUUUACCCUAAAUAUAGACAGUAUCCCUUUUCUCUUCCCCCUGCUCGUAGUUUCUCUUUAAAUCAGUCUCACGGGUUGUUUGUGGAUUGCAACAAGGAGAGGAAAGCUUACACGUGGGAAGGACUGAAGUCAAGAAAUACGUAAUAAAGGUGUUGGGGGCCACGGGAGGCGGCUCAUUGUCCCGAUAAAGCACGAUGAAUGUAAUUGAAAUCAUGGAAAAUAGAAGAUCAAACGGGAAAUCCUGGAAGGAAAAAUAAACAAAGAAGGCCCACUGUUUGGAGACAUGGAGAAUGUUACUGUAGAUGUGCAUAUAAAAAGCAAGGAACAAGACAUAGAAGGACAAAGUGUGAAAGAAGAAGUUGAUAUUAAAACUCUGACUGACACUGAACUAUGGAAGCAGCUUUGCUCAUAUGGAGUUAACCCUGGACCAAUAUUACCUUCCACAAGAACCGUUUAUGAAAACAAGCUUCAGCAAUUGAUGAAGCAAUGCCCAGGAGCAGCAGCUGGAGAGAAAAGCAGAAAGGUUGAUUGUGAAACGGAAAAUGUUGGAGCAAAAGGACCAGCCGCAGAAGUCGUUCUUCAGAACAGUAACUUCAGAGUAUCAGCAGAAUGUGCCUGUAGUUCUGAUAAUAAAGCACCUUUAGAUGAAAUAACAGAACGCCAGAAGAAACUCUUGUCACCUGAUUCUGAGCACAGUUUAGCCAAAAUAGUAGCAGAACUUCAAGAGAUAUUACCAGAAGGUAAAAUGGCGUCACAUCGGUCACAAGGAUUAAGGAAGAAAGUUGGCAAUAGCUCUGAGACAAGCAAGCAAAAGAAAAGUGAUACACUGCACAUUGAUUAUGGUCAUCCUGAUGCGAGCACCGUAGGAACUAGUUCUCGAAGAAGAAUAUUAAGAGAAACUCCUCCUUUACUUAAGAAACAUCCUGAAAACAAACCACAGAAAACAUGUGAAAAACCAGCUGAACGACUUAUACCAAUGCGGAUAAAGAUUGCUGUUUUUUGUAUCUUUGUUUUCCUUCUCUUUGUAUAUGUAACUAUGGAAACCAGUCCAUUCACAACCUUCUUUAGCAGAAAAUGAGCACCUCCCUUCCUUGAGAGUUGCGGGGGAGAUCAAGGAAGCCACUUUGGUUAGCUGUUUAGGAAUAAGUGAUUUCAGUAACUCAUUAAACAGCAAAUGGGAUAA